AUGUCUACGGAUCCCCCACCACCACCUGCCUACGUCGCCCCCAAGUACACUCUUAAGUACGUCUACGCAUCCACACCACCACCUGCUUACGUCGCCCCUAAGUACGAAGCACCAAAGUAUACUCCUAAAUACGUCUACGCAUCCCCACCACCACCUUACGUCUACGCAUCCCCACCACCACCUACCUACGUCGCCCCCAAGUACAAAGAACCAAAGUACACUCCUAAGUACGUCUACGCAUCUCCACCACCACCUGCCUACGUCUCCUCCAAGUACACUCCUAAGUACGUCUACGCUUCCCCACCACCACCUGCCUACGUCUCCCCCAAGUACGAAGCACCAAAGUACACUCCUAAGUACGUCUACGCAUCCCCACCAUCACCUGCCUACGUCGCCCCCAAGUACGAAGCACUAAAGUACACUCCUAAGUACGUCUACGCGUCCCCACCACCACCUUACGUCUACGCAUCCCCACCACCACCUGCCUACGUUGCCCCCAAGUACGAAGCGCCAAAGUACACUCCUAAGUACGUCUACGCAUCCCCAUCACCACCUGCCUACGUCGCCCCCAAAUACGAAGCGCCAAAGUACACUCCUAAGUACGUCUACGCAUCCCCACCACCACCUUACGUCUACGCAUCUCCACCACCACCUGCCUAUGUCGCCCCCAAGUACGAAGCACCAAAGUACACUCCUAAAUACGUCUACGCAUCCCCACCACCACCAGCCAACGUCGCCCCCAAGUACGAAGCACCAAAGUACGUCUACGUAUCCCCACAACCACCUGCCUAUGUCGCCCCUAAGUACGAAGCACCAAAGUACACUCUUAACUACGUCUACGCAUCCCCACCACCACCUGCCUACGUCGUCCCCAAGUACGAAGCACCAAAGUACACUCCUAAGUUCGUCUACGCAUCCCCACCACCACCUUACGUCUACGCAUCCCCACCACCACCUCCCUACGUCGCCCCCAAGUACGAAGCACCAAACUACACUCCUAAGUACGUCUACGCAUCCCCACCACCACCUGCCUACCUUGCCCCCAAGUACGAAGCACCAAACUACACUCCUAAGUACGUCUACGCAUCCCCACCACCACCUGCCUACGUCGCCCCCAAGUACACUCCUAAGUACGUCUACGCAUCCCCACCACCACCUGCUUACGUCGCCCCUAAGUACGGAGCACCAAAGUAUACUCCUAAAUACGUCUAUGCAUCUCCACCACCCUAA